CACCCUGGCCCCCAGGCUCGAGCACCAUGCAGCCCCUGUGGCUCCUGGCCACCCUGCUGGCCCUGGGCCAGGCCCUGCCCUUCGAGCAGAAGGGCUUCUGGGACUUUGCCCUGGAUGACGGGCUGUUCAUGAAUGAUGAGGAGGCUUCGGGCGCUGACAGCACCUCUGGUGCCCCAGACAUGGACUCCGUGACACCCACCUUCAGUGCCAUAUGUCCUUUUGGCUGCCACUGCCACCUGCGAGUUGUCCAGUGCUCGGACCUGGGUCUGAAAAAUGUGCCCAAGGAGAUUUCCCCAGACACCAUGCUGCUGGACCUGCAGAGCAACGACAUCUCUGAGCUCCGCAAGGAUGACUUCAAAGGCCUCCAGCACCUCUAUGCCCUUGUCCUGGUGAACAACAAGAUCUCCAAGAUCCACGAGAAGGCCUUCAGCCCGCUGCGGAAGCUGCAGAAGCUGUACAUCUCCAAGAACCACCUGGUGGAGAUCCCACCCAACCUGCCCAGCUCCCUAGUGGAGCUGCGCAUCCAUGACAACCGCAUCCGCAAAGUGCCCAAGGGCGUGUUCAGCGGGCUCCGCAAUAUGAACUGCAUCGAGAUGGGCGGGAACCCCCUGGAGAACAGUGGCUUUGAACCUGGAGCCUUCGACGGCCUGAAGCUCAACUACCUGCGCAUCUCUGAGGCCAAGCUCACCGGCAUCCCCAAAGAUCUCCCCGAGACCCUGAACGAGCUCCAUCUGGACCACAAUAAAAUCCAGGCUAUUGAGCUAGAGGACCUGCUGCGCUACUCCAAGCUGUACAGGCUGGGCCUAGGACACAACCAGAUCCGCAUGAUUGAGAAUGGGAGCCUGAGUUUCCUGCCCACUCUGCGGGAGCUGCACUUGGACAACAACAAGCUGUCCCGGGUGCCUGCAGGGCUCCCGGACCUCAAGCUCCUCCAGGUGGUCUAUCUGCACUCCAACAACAUCACCAAAGUGGGCGUCAACGACUUCUGCCCCAUGGGCUUCGGUGUCAAGCGGGCCUACUACAACGGCAUCAGUCUGUUCAACAACCCUGUGCCCUACUGGGAGGUGCAGCCAGCCACCUUCCGCUGCGUCACUGACCGCUUGGCCAUCCAGUUUGGCAACUACAAGAAGUAGAGGAGGCGGCAGCCACCACAGUGGCCUUGGGCUCCAUGACUUGCUCACUCCUGGAUCUGACUUGUCACAAGAUCUGGAUCUUGACACACAACACACGCCCUGACCCUUAGCCCUGGAAUGGCUCUGUUCUCUGUUGCAGGCCCCAGCCCAAAUAAGUGGGGACCAGCUGCCCCUGGCCACUCGAUCCCGGUCUUGCCUGGGAAGGUGGAGGCCAGACCUGCACAGAUUGCCCAGGGAGGCAGCCACAUGCCCCCAUGAGAAGCGAUCCCUCUGUCCCCCAGGAGAAUCGGCAUACCAACAAAGUACCCCCUUAAUGGCUAGUCCCCCCUUGCCUUCUGGUCCCUGCUGUGGUGGGGGUGUCAGUCACACCCAACUCAAGGAGGGCUGCUUCUGAGGUCCGUUGUCCUUCAAUUAAAGAAACACUGUGCAA